GCGUCCUUUCCAACUCCGAACAUGUCCUUUCCGUCAACCAGCAAGCCGCGUCGCUCUCCGGCCAGACCCCUUCCCGUCAGCCAGCGAGCCGCGUCGUUUAAAAAAAAAUCUCGCUCCCCGGUCAGAUCCCCUUCCCGUCAGCCAGCGAGCCGCGUCAUCCAUCUCGCUGUCCGGCGAAAUCCGUUCCGUGUACGUUCUCCGGCGAGCAGUUCUUCGGCUGAGUCCAGUGUUAUUUGGAAGAUACAACGUUCAACCAUCCUAGCAGGAGAUAUAGAUUACAAACAUGGCGAACAAUUUAGAACAUACAAGUGCGACGACAAGGGAGUUUACACUCGAGUUGUUGAAACAAAUUACAGAUAACUUUUCUGAGGACCAUGUCAUUGGACGUGGUGGGUAUGGAGUAGUCUACAAGGGAUUACUGGAUGAUGGGGAAGAGAUUGCUGUCAAAAAGCUUCACUACAUGCCCGGGCUUGACGACACACAGUUUACAAAUGAGUUUAAUAUUGUACAGUUAGUGGGCUACUGCUAUUAUCUAGGACAUGAACGCUUCAAGUACAAUGGUGAAUAUAUUUUUGCCCCAGUAGAAGAAAGAUUUCUCUGCUUCAAAUACCUGCAGGGUGGAGGCCUUGACAAGCAUAUUUCUGAUGAAUCCUGCGGACUCAAUUGGCACACACGCUUCAGGAUUAUUAAGGGAGUUAGUGAGGGCCUAAAUUACCUUCAUAAUGGAUGCAAAGAUUCUAUUUACCAUCUUGACUUGAAGCCUGAGAAUAUAUUGCUGGACAAGAACAUGUUCCCAAAAAUUGGAGAUUUUGGUUUGUCAAGACUUUUUCAGUCAGAAAAAACCCAUAUCACAAGCAAAAUUAUGGGAACAGUUGGAUACAUGCCACCAGAAUACAUCGAUAGACGAGCAAUAACACCGAAGUUUGAUGUAUUCAGUUUGGGUGUUAUAAUCCUUCAGAUAGUAGCGGGAUAUGAUGGCUAUUCCAAAUGUGAACAUAUGUCUCUGCAAGAAUUUCUUGAGCAUGUGCAUGAAAACUGGGGAAAACGGAUGCAGGAAACAAUGUCAUCACAUACAUCAGAGCAAGUUAUUACAUGCAUCAAAAUAGCAUUAAGGUGUGUGGAGUUUGACCGAGAGAAAAGGCCUACCAUAGCGGAUAUUAUUGAUGAACUGAAUAAGAUUGAUAAUGCCGAAAGUUCAGCUACAGGCAAGAACACAGAAGAAAAUGAGCACACUCUGGAAAAACUACCUGAGAUUCAAGAACAGAAAAAAGAGAGUGCAGAAGACGGUAGCAGAUACGCGAGAACAAAUCGCAUUUCCACUCUCGUGGAGAAUCACGCUGAGUUGGUCGAUUUCCCAGCUGGCCCCAUGGGCUCCUUGCUCCCCAAGCUGCUCGAGUUCCUCAGCGACGAGUACCAUUACCUGCAUGCGGACUGCAGGAAAGACGUAGAGUACGUCUACAACGAGCUGGUGGGCAUGCAAGCUGCCCUGCACAAGGUGGCCGAGGUGCCACAGGACCAGCAGCUGGAUUCUGUGGUUAAGCUCUGGACCGAGGAAGUAAAUGACCUCUCAUAUCAGGUGGACAAUACCGUUGAUUCCUUUCUGGCGCGCUUCUGGGCCUCUGAGCUUGACACAUCUCCGAACCUUCGAAGUCAGAAACAACAACUUCCAAGGAAGACCUCCGGCGCGAAAAAGAAAGGGAAUGGCCGAAAGAAGCGGGCGCGAUGACGACUUAGGGCUAGGGCUGACAGAAGGCGGUAGCAAUUACUACUUGACAGUAGUACAAGUCAGAGCUUUUGAGAUGGUUGUUUUAGGGAGCUUUUGAGAUGGAUUUGGUUAGGAGUUUAGGACCCCUCCUAACUGGCGAACGUUCGCCAGGGGAGGUGGCACACGCUCACCAAGACUGGGCGCAUAACUCUGAUCAAUGCAGUGCUCACCUCCAUCACCACCUACUACCUUACAAUGUUUGCCCCUUCCGAGUGGCUGAUCAAAUGCAUUGACAAGCUCCGGAGAGGGUUCCUUUGGCGUGGCGAGGACGAAGCUGCUGGAAGCCAUUGUGCAGUGAAUUGGAAACAAGUGUGUUACCCCGACAAGAUUUGGGGGCCUGGGCAUCAAGAACCUGGCCAAUGGCAACUGGAUGAGAGGGCCGCAGCGGCUGACAACAACUACAGACCUUCACUGCUUCUUUUCCCUCUGGCAACAUAUUCAGCAAGUCAACCUCACCGAUGAACCUGAUGCAAUCUGCUGGAAGACCUCAUCAUCAAAUCAUUACUCUGCAUCCUCGGCAUACGACCUUCAAUUCUUGGGCUCCAUCAACCGUCCUGCCCUGGACAAAUGGCAUAUCAAGUCUGAAGGAAAAGUGAAAUUCUUCACUUGGCUGUUGGCGCGCGUAGAAUACGCUUCCCCCUACCUAUCGGCCGCGAGCCAGACGCUGUGACACUGCCGACAGAUGUUCUCUCUGUGAUCAGACUGCAACUGCGGCUCGCUUAUUUUGCCACUUCCCCUUCACUUCUGAAGUUUGUUUCAAGCUGCACUGCACCCUGCAACCCAGUCAAAAUGCUGCUGCAAGCUUCAACAACAUGCACUUCCUCACUGCUCAGGAUUGGUGGGCUCGCCACAGCAAUGGCCCCAAGCAGAACGCCCAACAAGUCAUGUAUUUUGCGUGGAAUAUUUGGAAUGAACGUAACCGGCGGGUCUUCAAGCACAUCUCUUCGACUGCUGACGAGAUUGUCUCCUUAAUUGCGUUAGACUUGAAUCAUUUACGUGUAGCCUUGUGUAGACCCCCUCCUGAACCAGACUGAGGUUAUCCCUUUUGUACCUUAAACUCUGCCUUAUGGCAACCCUCUUGUACAUUCUUUAUCUAGUACUCCCUCCGUCCCAAAAUUCUUGUAGACGAAUCUAAGACAAGAAUUUUGGGAUGGAGGGAGUACUAUAAUGCAAAGGCAGAGCACCUGCCAUUCGCCCC